UACCUGGUGAACGGGUUUAAUUUCAUGGUUUGUGUGAUGGGAUGUUAGGGUUGAAAUUGAGGGCCGGUCUCAACUUUUUGUAAACCCUGAGAAGGAAACCUUAAAAAAUCAAGCUUUGACCUGGGGCCCAGGCCGGGUCUUAGCCUGGGCUUCAGCAGGUUCUGAUGGAGACAGGCAGGAUCCGGGUUGGGUUUUAGUUCACUUAGUGGGGCUUGACGUAUAUAAGGAUGGGAAUAACACUUGGUUCUUUGAAUCAACAUAAACAAAUUAAAAAAGGAAUUAGGGGGUAUCUCAGUAGAUACGACCCAUCCAGGAUAGUUAAAGGAUAGGAGCGGUACCGGACCUCGACCUAUACCUGGACCGGAUUCCGUUAAAGCACACAUUCACGAUCGGGGUAGUGGGUGAAAGAUCUACCGGACGAGGCAUGUCUAAAUAAUAUUCGCUGGCCCGUGCAAUUCCUUGGGUCUCUAUUGACUUCGAAAGCCUUCGGGUGGACGGGGGGAGACUCAUGAGUAUUUUCUUCUCAGCUAACCCUAACCCUAACCCUUUCUCAUCUUCUUCUCAGCUAACCCUUCUCAGCUAACCCUAACCUUCUUUCUCAUCUAACCCCUAACCCUAACCCUCCCGACAGCACUAUGACCAGAGCCGUUCCCGGGACAGACAGCGGGCACGCGCGGCCCCGCAAGGUCAAGCACCCCGUGGACACAACCGGAACACAUCGCCUCGGUCGGAAAGCAGAGGUGAGCGGCGGAGAUACGAUGAAGACGCGAGACGCUACGGCAGAGAAGACGACGGACCCCGGCCACGACGUUCACCAGAGAGGAACGGAGAUCGUAGACAUCCGGAAUUUCCGAGGUACUUUGAACACAACACUGACGUUGAUAAUAACAGGAGAGACGGAGGAAGAGCGGAAAUACCGAGGGUCCAUGAACGUGACACCCGAGUAGAGGAACGCAGACGAGCAGAGGAGGACAUGUCAGAUGACCCGGACUUCAGACAGAAGUGUCAGGUGGGCUACAGGAUUAUAAAGGCCAGCCACCACUACACCAACGUCACGGCAAGCAGACCUCCCAUUACAAUUCAUAAAAUGGGGCUCCAUUUAGAGACAUUAAUAAAACCAGCUGUCCCAAAUGACCACACACAGGGACUUAUAGGGAGAAAUGCACAAGAGUGGGUCAAAAAGACCAUCAAUAUUCUUCAAGAACAUUACGAGGACGUGAUUGAACAUGAGAUCACCAGACUAUUAGGAUUCCCAGAUGAAGAAUGGAGGGCUCCUCUGGAGGUGGCGGCCAACUGGGCCAGAAAGAACAUCAAGAGACUGCUAACAGGGACGAUUCCUGGAGUGGUGAACGUCAUCGAGGCCCGUAUCGAGAUGGAGAACCAUCCAAGCAGAUUCACAGAGCGGAGACCGGAGCAGACCCCAUCCCAGCGGGUGCUUCCGGUCCUCCUCCUCCUUCUGCUUUUCCUCCUCUCCCUCCUCCUUCUCCUCCCCCUCCUCCUCCUCCUCUCCCACAGAGACCACGGGUUUCGGCAGCGGCCCAGCAGAGGACUCCACAGGGGAGUCGACCCAGCUUCAUCCCUCCCCCAGAGUCCCAACUGAGGGCCCAGAGGCACACGGAGACCACAGCAGCCUUGGUGCAUGAACAGCAGGGACGGGAACAGGCCCCUGACCUGCAGGACCUGGAGCAGGAGACGUCCAGUGAUGAGGACCUGGUAGAGGAGAGUCCUCAGAAUCUGGAGACAUCCUCCAGCAUUCCCCCUCUAGGGCCAACACCGGUCUCCCCUGCGAACACAGGUCCUUUCCCUCCGAAGAGACAUCACAACAACGCCGGGCAGCCCAGGGACCUGCACCUGAUUGGGAGCAAGGAGUGGCUGAUCAUGGGAGACUCCAACAUCGGCAGGCUCCCGGCUCACAGGAUGCUGAAUCUGCAGCUGGACGCGUUUCCAGGAGCCACAUUCCAGAUGGCGGAGACCAUCCUGAGGGGGACCCGGACCACGGACACAGUAAAAAAGGUCAUUUUGUCAUUUGGGCUCAACGAUAAGGCCCUCAGGUCCAUGGAGGCAACAACGGAACAGCUACUCAACAUGCUGGUGAGAGCUAAAGAAGCAUUCCCGAAGGCGCAGAUCUUCAUCCCACAGGUGAACUUUUCACGGGCUCUCCCCACGAAGGAGAAGCUGAGGUUAGCCCAAAUUAACAUGUUUAUUAAGUCACUGGGUGAGUGCUUACCCAUGCUUGAUGAGUCUGAGUUCAAGACAGAUUCAGAUGAUCUGCACUGGUCUAGGGAGACAGCAGCGAAAUUGAUGGACCACUGGAUCCGUCAUUUAAAUUAGAGGUCCCCGCGAACUCACUACAGGCGGGGUCUAAAAUGAUAAUUAACCUCACUAAAAAGUACAUAUUGACAGCGGACCAGACCACAAUACUUAUUAAAGGGUUGAACUUUAUUCCUACAGUUUCCACCAACACGGAAAUUCUAGAGCAGGCACAAUUUGACCUGCAACAAUAUCACCGUAGACUAAAAAUAGCGACACAUUAUGAACAUGCCCCUGAAAAAGAACACUUACCCUUCGUUUAUAAGUCUGCAUGGGCUCCUCCACUGGCACACAUGCCCGGAGAAAUCCAAAACUUAAUUAAGGCUGAUAUGUACACCUUCAAAACCCAGUUUAAGACACAUAUUGUGCCUUCAAAUAUCACCAAGGGUGAAAAAGUAGCAUUACAGCAACUUAAAAACAAUAAGGAAAUUAUUAUUAAGCCAGCGGAUAAAGGCAGUUCGAUCGUGGUGAUGGAUAGAGAACAGUAUCUGUGGGAGGGCUAUAGACAGUUAAAUGAUAAAAAAUAUUACACUAAGUUAAGUAAACCCAUCUAUUUGGACACAGUGCCUUCAGUGUUGUUGGCCCCAGUUUAGGCAUCAUUAUAAAUAGGUCUUUAGUUUCUGGCAUAGUCCCAGCUUUUUUUAGGCAGGCGGUCGUUCAGCCCCUCCUUAAAAAGCCAAAUCUGGACCCCUCCCAACUAAAAAAUUACCGACCCAUCUCUAAGCUGCCUUUUAUCUUGAAGGUAUUGGAGAAAGUUGUGGCAAACCAGCUCACCACGUUUUUGACUAACCAUAACAUCUUAGACAAAUUUCAGUCAGGUUUCCGCAAAAAACACUCCACCGAAACCGUCCUCC